CAACACUAACAACAACAUGAUGCCCUCAAUAACUUUUCUCUUCUCUUUCUUCUUCCUUCUCCAAUCUCUUUACCCUUCUCUCUUGAAUGCAGCCAUCUCUAGAUUCCCUGCAGGUCUCAUUGGAUCCAAACCUCUGAAAAAAUCCGAUAAAGUCACUUAUGAUGUCAAAUACUUCACACAAACUUUAGACCAUUUCAAUUACCAACCUCAGAGUUACGAAACUUUUCAGCAGAAAUAUUUGUUUGAUGAUCGGCAUUGGGGUGGAUUGAAGAGCGGAUCACCAAUCUUCGUUUACACCGGAAAUGAAGGAGAUAUCGAGUUAUUUGCAGAGAAUACAGGUUUCCUGUUUGAUAUUGCGCCAUAUUUCAAGGCCCUCAUUGUCUUCAUGGAGCAUAGAUAUUAUGGAGAGUCAAUUCCUUUUUGUGGUGAUAAAAAUGUAGCUUUCCAGAAUGCAACUACACUUGGAUAUCUAAGCACAACACAAGCCCUUGCAGAUUUUGCAACAUUGAUUAUUGAUCUGAAGAAAAAUUUAACUGCUGAAGGAUCUCCUGUGGUGGUCUUUGGAGGUUCUUAUGGAGGAAUGUUAGCGGCAUGGUUUAGACUGAAAUACCCUCAUGUGGCUAUUGGAGCUUUGGCAUCAUCUGCUCCUAUUCUCCAAUUUGAUGACAUUGUGUCUCCAUACGCAUUCAGUAACAUUAUCACAAAAGAUUUUAGGAGCGAAAGCGAAAACUGUUAUAAAAUCCUAAAAAACUCAUGGGAUGCAUUAUAUAAGACUGCCAAGCAAAGGGGUGGAGUUCAGAAACUAACAAAAUCUUUUCAUAUAUGCAAAGGACUGGUACCAGAUGAGUAUUUACCAAGCACAAUCAAGAAUUGGAUUGAAUAUUCACUCAUUUACGUCGCUAUGACAGAUUAUCCUACAGCUUCAAAGUUUCUAAGUCCAUUGCCAGGUUAUCCCGUUAAAAAGAUGUGUGAGGCAAUUGAUAAUCCUACAGCAGGGAGUGAUAUUUUUGCUAGAUUGUACGGGGCAAUGAAUGUAUACUACAAUAACAGUGGAGAUGUGAAAUGUUUUGAUCCCACUACUUAUGGUACUGAUGCCAUUGGCACUGAUGCAUGGAGUUGGCAGAGUUGCACAGAACUGAUUCUACCAAACGGAGCAAACAACGAAGAGAGCAUAUUUCCAGUCUCAACAUACAAUUACACUGACGAGGCAGCAGGGUGCAAAGAAACCUAUAAUGUGACCCCAAGGCAGCAUGCAAUCACAACAGAAUAUGGCGGACAUGAUGUAAGGAGAGUAUUGAAACGGUUUGCUAGCAAUAUCAUCUUCUUCAAUGGCCUCAGAGAUCCAUGGAGCGGUGGAGGUGUACUGAAAUCUCUAUCCAAUAGCUUAAUAGCUAUAGUUGAACCAAAAGGUUGGUCUUUGAUGAUCUCACUACCUAUUCAUUGAGACACACAC